UAAUCUUACAUUGAACAAACACUGAAGUAGCCGGGAGCAGACGCUGACAGCGGUAGUAUUUCCAACCAAGCAAGAAGCCGCACAGGGUCGGCCUGGUGUUGCCUCCUCCGGGAUCGCCUGGCCCCUGUGCCGGUACAUUCACUCUCUUUGCACCCCACCUUUUUUGUCUUCCAUAAGUUUUUGCGGAAAUCCUUUGGGAGCGGUUUUUGCUUUAAGCCACCUGGUCUGUACGAGCCCCGAAUCCCUGGGGCAUGCCGCCUGCAUAGGACCUGGGAGCCUGAGCAAUUGCAGCCGGGAGAUCGUUUAUGGAGCUUGGGGCGGGGGCCGAGCCCGUGAUCGCGCCCGGCGCCUGCCGCCCAGGCCAUGCUGCUCCACUGGCGCGCGGAGUCACGGCCGCCGGACCGCCGGGACUAAGCCGGGAGCCGCAGGAGGAAGAGGCACCGUUGGUGGAGCUGGACGGAAAGCCGCGGCGGCGGGCGGACUCAGUACUAUGGCUGUGUACUGCUAUGCCCUCAAUAGCCUGGUGAUCAUGAACAGCACCAACGAGCUGAAAAGUGGCGCCCCCCGGCCCAGCGGCAGCGAGACGCCUCAAUCCUCUGGGAGGGCCACCUUGAGCCCCGGCAGCGUCUUCAGCCCUGCGAGCGGCGCCUCCUUCCUCUUCCCCCCAGCAGAGUCUCUGUCGCUAGAGGAGCCCAGGAGUCCUGGGGGUUGGCGCAGCGGCCGGCGCAGGCUGAAUAGUAGCAGCGGCAGCGGCGGUGGCGGCAGCAGCUGCAGCAGCAGCAGCAGCAACAGCAGUGGCGUGGGCAGUCCCAGUUGGGCUGGCCGCCUGCGAGGGGACGCGCAGCAGGUGGUGGCGUCCCGUACCCUCUCCCCACCUGGGCCGGAGGAAGCCCAAAGGAAGCUGCGGAUUCUGCAGCGUGAAUUGCAGAAUGUGCAGGUGACCCAGAAAGUGGGCAUGUUCGAGGCGCAAAUCCAGGCGCAGAGUUCAGCCAUCCAAGCACCCCGAAGCCCGCGUUUGGCCAGGGCUCGUUCACCCUCCCCGUGUCCCUUCAGAAGCAGCAGCCAGCCCCCCGGAAGGGUUUUGGCCCAUUGCGCCCCAAGUGAGGAACGGAGGACAAAGUCCUGGGGAGAACAAUGUACAGAGACCCCAGACGCCAGUUCGGGGAGGAGAAGUAGACUCAGCACACACCCCUCAAAGGACAAGGAGGGAGUGGCCCCUCUUUUAGGCCCAGCCAGCCCGACCAGGUUAGGGAUUCAGAGUCCAUGUGCCUCAGUGAGGAUGGAGAGAGGUGGUACUCCGGCCAGUCCUCGCUGUGGCUCACCCACAGCCUUGGAAAUUGACAAGAGGCUUGCUCCCUCGCUGGAGGGCGUUGGAAGUAGCAUAGCAAUGGCCACUAAAGUGGCAGCUUCAGCAGCAUCCGCUGGACCACAUCCUGGACAUGAUUCUGCCCUCAGGGAGGCAGCCUGCGAACUGGGGGACCUGCGCACCUGGGAGGCCCAGAUAGAGAGACGAUGGCAAUUUCUGGGCAGGGAGACAGGCUCAGGCCCAGAGCCUGGCCGGACCCAGAAUCAAGAACCCUCUGGGAGGGUGGGAAGAGGAACUCAAUCUGUGGGUGGGCAGGGCUCCUGGACACCUGAAGUCAUCAAAAGGCCAGAAGAGAGUACUGUGAAUGCCCAAAACUCAGAGCCCUUGGAGGACCACAGACAGUCUAGAUUGCCUGGAGACCCCUGCUCCCGAGGUCCUGAGGAGGCAGGAAGUGGGAUCCCAGGGAUCCGAGGACCCCAGCAGACUCUGGACAUUGUGAGGGAAGGGUCUCCAGCACCGGGCUUGCUUGGGGGCAGCCAGGCGACACAGCCAAGGAUCAGGGAUGCGGAGACAGGAGUUGGUUGCGGCAGAAUGCUGGAACCUUUACCACCUGGGGAAGCGGCAACAGAUUUGAAAGAACCUCGGUGCCUCCCAGGGGACAGGAUGGGUAUGCAGCCUGCAAGCUCCAUGGUUUGGCCGAGUGCCAUGGAGGAAGCCCCCUUGAUCUGGACGUGUGACACGGGGGUACAGUUGAAGGGGACUUGGGAAGGCCAGAUGCAGGAUAGAGGCACUCGCCCUAGCUUCCAAGAGAUGCCCCCAGACCAGAAGGACAAGGCCUCCUUAAAAGAGGCUUGUGGCCCCAGCAGCACCCCCACCGUCCCUGCAGUCAUUAUCACAGACAUGGGUGCCCAGGAGGAUGGGGGCUUAGAGGAGAUCCAAGGAAGCCCUCGGGGUCCCCUGCCUCUGAGGAAGCUGUCGUCCUCCUCGGCCUCCUCCACUGGCUUCUCCUCUUCCUAUGAGGACUCAGAGGAGGACAUCUCCAGUGACCCUGAGCGUACCCUGGACCCCAACUCAGCCUUUUUGCAUACUCUGGACCAACAGAAGCCUCGAGUGAGCAAGUCAUGGAGGAAGAUAAAGAAUAUGGUGCACUGGUCCCCCUUUGUCAUGUCCUUCAAGAAGAAGUACCCCUGGAUCCAGCUGGCAGGACAUGCAGGGAGCUUCAAGGCAGCUGCCAACGGCCGCAUCCUAAAAAAGCAUUGCGAGUCUGAACAGCGCUGCCUGGACCGGCUGAUGUCCGAUGUGCUGAGACCCUUCGUGCCAGCCUACCAUGGGGAUGUGGUGAAGGACGGGGAGCGGUACAACCAGAUGGAUGACCUCCUGGCUGACUUCGAGUCGCCUUGCGUGAUGGACUGCAAGAUGGGCAUCAGGACUUACCUGGAGGAAGAACUCACCAAGGCCCGGAAGAAGCCUAGCCUGCGGAAGGACAUGUACCAGAAGAUGGUUGAGGUGGACCCUGAGGCCCCCACUGAGGAGGAGAAAGCCCAGCGAGCUGUGACCAAACCGCGUUACAUGCAGUGGCGGGAAACUAUCAGUUCCACAGCUACCCUGGGCUUCAGGAUAGAGGGCAUCAAGAAAGAAGACGGCUCUGUGAACCGUGACUUCAAGAAGACCAAAACAAGGGAGCAGGUCACUGAGGCCUUCAGAGAAUUCACUAAAGGAAACCAGAACAUCCUGAUCGCCUACCGGGACCGGCUGAAGGCCAUUCGAGAAACCCUGGAAGUCUCUCCUUUCUUCAAGUGCCAUGAGGUCAUUGGCAGCUCCCUCCUCUUCAUCCAUGACAAGAAAGAGCAAGCCAAAGUGUGGAUGAUUGACUUUGGGAAAACCACACCCCUGCCGGAAGGCCAGACCCUACAACACGAUGUCCCCUGGCAGGAGGGGAACCGGGAGGAUGGCUACCUCUCAGGGCUGAACAACCUCAUCGACAUCCUGACAGAAAUGUCCCAGGGCAGCCCACUCACCUGA